GCCGGGGCUGCCGCGGCGACGCCCGCGUCGAGGGGGGCGGCCGGGCCGGCUCAGAGCUGAGGCUGGGGAUGCGCGGGGCUCGGCGAGGACGGCCGCUGAGGGAGGGCACGGCGCGGAGGGGCUCGGGUUGGAGCUGCCGCAGAAAAAGGCCGCCCCGGGAAGCGCCGAGCCCCCAGCCGGGCCUGCUGCCUGCGGGCUGGGCCUCGUAACGCGCCUCGAGGGGUCAGCGCCGCCCGUCGGUGCCUGCCGUGGUGUCCGGGCGGUGGGCUGCCCAGCCCCGUGCCCCGAGCAGUGGGGUUGGUGCUGCCGGGCUCCCUGCCUCUCCUAGGGCGCAGGUGGUGGUGGUGGUGUCCCGUUGUUACGCUGCUGCUGCUGCACGUCCCUUCUUCCUCGGCUCCUGCUGCGCUGAGCUGUUUCUACCGCAUCUUAUCGGGCGAGAAGCGUUGUUGUGAGCCAACAGAAAGCUCGUGAUGAGCGUGCGGAGCGCUGGGGAGUGUUUGCAGCACGGAUCUUCUAGUUAUAAACCAGGUUUGGGUAUCUCCUAAUUGAAAUCCCAACUUACAAGUGAAUCCUCCUCAGCGAGCCUGUUGGAUGUCUCUGAGAGCAUAAGAAGUCAUGGCGGAAAAUGAUGCAAAGCCAACAGUACCAAAAAAGAGUGGUCCAUACAUUUCAUCUGUAACCAGUCAUGGCAUGAAUUUGGUAAUUCGUGGUAUAGUGCUGUUUUUUAUUGGCGUAUUUCUUGCAUUAGUGUUAAAUUUGCUUCAGAUUCAGAGGAACGUUACUCUCUUCCCCCCUGAUGUGAUCACAAGCAUCUUCUCCUCAGCUUGGUGGGUUCCACCUUGCUGUGGCACAGCAUCAGCUGUAAUUGGGUUAUUGUACCCAUGCAUGGACAGACAUCUGGGAGAGCCACAUAAAUUUAAGAGAGAAUGGUCCAGUGUAAUGCGCUGUGUAGCAGUCUUUGUGGGAAUAAAUCAUGCCAGCGCUAAAGUGGAUUUUGCCAACAAUAUCCAGUUGUCUCUCACGUUAGCAGCCCUGUCAAUUGGGCUGUGGUGGACAUUUGAUAGAUCACGAAGUGGCUUUGGUCUUGGAGUAGGAAUUGCUUUCCUGGCCACGUUGGUGUCACAACUUCUGGUCUACAAUGGAGUUUAUCAAUACACAUCUCCAGAUUUCCUUUAUGUUCGUUCCUGGUUGCCAUGUAUAUUUUUUGCUGGUGGAAUAACAAUGGGCAAUAUUGGCAGGCAGCUGGCAAUGUAUGAAUGCAAAGUCAUUGCAGAGAAGUCUCACGAGGACUGAGGAAGAACAGUAUGCACCUUUAAAACAGGAGAAUAUCUGACAAAUGACUGUUGGAGGAGCGUAAGGAACACUUGACUAUGAAAUUGCCAAAAUGCAAUUUUUUUUUCUCUUCAGUGGUAUAUUUUACUGCAAUCUGUGAUUGCUGCUUCUAUAGAAACUUUAAUGUCUGAUUUUUGAUUACUGUGAAGUUACAAUAGUAUGCAAUACAUUUGAUAAUGUUGGUUCAAUUAUAGGAUUCUUUUUUCCAAAUCUAAACUGAGUUUACCAUAACUUCUUGUCUGUCUAUAAUGUUGCAGUGCCAAACUGAACCUUUGCACUAUGUUUCUGUAGCUGCAACUUCUGCUUCACUUUAUCUUGAAAGUUUUGAGGAAUUUGUUCUUAAUAGCUCAGUGAAAAAUGCGGGAUUCAGACUUAGGAAUGAAGAUCUUCUCUUUACAUGAUGUUAGCUAGGAAUACACUUAAGAAAUUCAUGGUUUGCAAGUGGGCCUUGAUGCAAUAAGUAACUGAUUUCUGCCUAUUAACACACUGUCAUUCACAUCACAGAAGAGGAGGCUUAGUAUGAAUUGUGUGGGUUAUUGAUGCAUCAUUUCAUUUGUUUUCUGUGUCCAGUAUCAUAUAUCCAGAACAAAGAAAUAGAAACUGGGGCUGGAAACAAUACACAUGCUUGGAUAUGGAUUUGUGUUGAACCAUCAUCAGAUGUGGACGAACUCUCUGAAAUUACUUUUUGUAUUGAGUAAAAGGAUGCAAUGCAGUUCAUUUUUACUCUAUAGGGUGGUGAGGUGCAGGAACAGGCAGAGAAGAUGUGGAUGCCCUGUCCCUAAAGGAGUUUAAGGCUGAGUUGAAUGGGGCCUGGGUAGCAACCAGCCCAUGGCAGGUUGCUGGGAUAUGUUAGGGUUUUUUUUAUUAUAAAACUUCAUUCUGCUGAACUAAAUCAGCCACUACCAUAUAGUGUCAGAAAGACCUCCAUUACCAAUGCUAUUUCUGUUAGUUCUUGUCUUUUCCCCGUAAUGUUUGCAGGGAAGACAAAGGCUGUGUUUUAGGUACUGAAGUAGCCCUUACUGCUGUAACAGUGGUCCAGGCACUCAAAUACAUUUGUUCUCAUAGCAACUUUGUGAAGUAGAGAGGUACUGUUGUGCUUAUUUUACAGGUGCCUGUGCACAGAAAGUCUGACAGGACAGAGCUGAAACAGGCCACGUGCUAAAUCUGUUCUCUUCUUGAGAAGGACUUUAGUGUGAUCCGUGGUCAUGGACAUGCAUGGAAUUUCUUCAUGUUGGCUUUGCAGCUCCCUUUUAAGAUCCUGAGACAAAAGCAACAGUGCAAGAAGGCAGAAAGGAGACUUAAAGAGGAUUCUGCAGCCUAUGCCAGUAGUAAAUUUGGUGUGAAAAGUCUCUGCUUUGUUUUCCUCCUAUUUCUGUGUUAAUGUUUUAAUGUGUUGGUUGGUUGUUUGUCUUGAAGUAUAUUUUUUUAAAUCUUCUAUGAAAGGUUUAUAAGAAAUGUUACAGUCACCUAAGGAGACUGGAGUUGGUCCAAAGAACAAAUAGAUGCUUAGACAAGUUUUUAUUAAUGUGUAUAUACAUUGUACACAAAGCUUGGAAUAGGAAACUCUUCUUCAGUCUUACACACUUAUUCUAAGUGUGCUUCCAAAAACAUUGGCCGUGAGAAGGAAAACUUAUUGAUUGGAAAACUGUGAAAACAAUAAUCAAGUGAUGUACUUGGUUCUUGGAGCUUGGUUCUGCAGCUCCACUCUUCCAUUAGCUUAUUAAGGUUCCAUGACAAUUCUGCACCAAAAAGCACUCUUACAUUUGGUAACAGCUCAAGGAUGCACUUGUAGAUGCUCUUGAUUUUAAAAACUGUCACAGAACAUGUUGCAGCAGGUUGCUGACUAGAGAUUUGCUUUUAAUCAGACCGUGAUAAUAACAAUCAUUUAAUGAAUAACACAAAGAAACCUUUUGAGCAUGAAGUGAGUUUCCUUAGGCAGGCUCUGGUAUACCACUAAGAAUAAAAACUUGUCCUUUCUGUGCAGUAUUUGGCCUUAUCUGCCUUCUUCACUUAAACAAAUGGUUUCAGCUUGGCAGGCAGCAUGGUGAGUCCCUCUUGGAUUAUCAAGGUACAAGUGGCAUAAAAAUGCAGAUGUUGGUUCUUAUCCUAACCGGAAAAAAACAUAGUACCUCAGUCAGUGAGCUGACUUGGUGAACAAUUCGGUUUCAUCCUGAUCAGUAAGUGUGUACAACUGGAGAUGAGUUGUUUGUGUUAGUCACUUGGUGAUAGAGCUGCUUUUACUACCAGUCUAAAUAUUUACACAGAAGCCUUGUGUAUGUUAAAAUGUGUGCAGUAUGUGAGAAGUGGUUAUUUGUGCAUUUCUGGCACACACUUUAAAGCACUUUGUACUCAGAUUAUCUAUACACGAUCAGACUGUGCUGUCAGCUACCUUUUAAAUUUCAUUUUGGAAAUUUUGAGCAUGUCUUGCAAAGGCAGCAGUCAUCCAGAAUACCUUUGGGUGGAGUCCUUUAUUACAUGUGUUUUAUUUUUUUUAUUGUUAUUUGACUGAAGUUGCUACAAGAUUUGAGAUCUUGGAUGUCUUUUUUUUUCAAACUGCAUUGUAACUUUAUGGCUGAUGUGUUCAUACCCUGAAAAAGGUCCAAGAUGGGAAUGCAGACACGGCCUUAACUGUAGUGGUGUGAACAUGCUACUACUGUAUAGCAUGUAAUUACAGACCGUCUUUAAAAUGUUGUUCAACAGAAAAUAAAUAAGGUAUAUUUUAGAUACAACUUUAUAAGCACUGUAACCUCUUCACUAAUUAAGCAUUGUAAGCUCUAUGCUGUUUAAGCUGGCAAAUUGCUGUUAAAAGCAAAAUGUGCAUUAAAUACAACGAUAACCUUGUUUGAUAGAUUUCUUCUUUUGUUUUUAAAUGCUGUUGAUUUAAAACAAACAGAGUUGCCUUCUAUCAGCCAUCUUGUAGUAAUUUUGAUCACUGAUCUGGCAUAUUGGUUCUACCAAACACCUGUCUGGAAGUACUAAAAAAGGAACAGCUGAUCAAAGCAGCAGUGAUUCGAUUGUAAUUAGCAUGCUGAUCUGCCUUGGAAAAUUUGGCCUUUUGAAUCCACAUUGGGAGUAUUGUAGCUGGGGGAAAAUAAACCAGAUCACUUCAGCUGCAAUACGGAAGAGAUUCAGAUUUAAAUAGUUCUUGAGAAUAUGGGAAAGAAAACAAACCACCGCAGGUGGCAGGAAAUCUUAUAAUAAUAUAUUUGUAUUGUUCUGGUCUGGAUAUCAAUGGAACAUGAAGUAUUUGUUCGUCACUCUGUGUCAAGCAAGUUGUUGCUUCCAAACACAGAGAGGUUUGGAAAUGUAUAAUGAAAAAACCUGAAGGCAGAGUGAGACAGCAGGUGAGCUUCAUCCAUAUUUCAGGUGUAUGGUUGCUCCAAUUGCAAUGGAGCUUAACGUUGGAAAGAAGGUGGAGGCAAAUGGAAAAGAGCUGUGUUUGCGUUGGAUGUGGUAAGCUGUGACCCAAAAACCUAACUGCUGUCAAAAGGCAGUCAUGGUUAUGCCAAGUGUCUGACUUUACAGGCAAAAAUAAAAAUGACUGUGAUUUUA